UCUCUUCUCUUCACUUCAUUUUCACGGGAAGACUUAACGUUGUCAGUUUACGUGGUUUAGCAGAAGAAGAUCGCUGUUUUCUGUCGGUUUUUGUCGAUUCUUGAGUGACAUGUUGCCUGUUUUUAAGGAGUGAAAGUAAGAAACUUAUAAACGCAUCAUGGGGUGAAUGUGACUUCUGAGGAGGAUGAUCAUCCGGUGACCAAACCACAGCAGCAGCACCAUGGUGAAGGAGCGGCUGCCCGGCUGGCUCCUGCAGGACUCGGACGAGGCUCUGGUCCACGUGAACGUCGGGGGUCUGAAGAGGAGCCUCUGCUGCGACACUCUGAAGAAAUUCCCCGACACCAGACUGGGAAAACUGCUGGCCUGUGACUCCGAGGAGGACAUCCUGAAGGUGUGUGAUGACUAUGAUGUGCAGCAGAAGGAGUUUUAUUUCGAUAGGAACCCCGGCCUGUUUCCUUAUGUUCUGCACUUCUACCAGACGGGGAAACUUCACAUCAUGGAGGAGCUGUGUGUGUUCUCCUUCAGUCAGGAGAUCGAGUAUUGGGGCAUCAACGAGUUCUUCCUGGACUCCUGCUGCAGUUACCGUUUCCACGACAGGAAGCUGGAGAGCUCGCGGCACCACAGCUGGGACGAGGACAGCGACGUGAGCAGCGUGGACACGUCCGUGGACGAGAUAUCAGACCUCAACAGAGACAUGAAGCACUUCCAGGAGGUUCGGCACGGGAACAUCAGGAAGUGUUUGUGGCUGACGUUGGAGAACCCGGGGUAUUCGAUCCCCAGCAAGAUGUUCAGCCUGGUGUCCAUCAGCGUGUUGCUCAGCUCCAUCGCCAUCAUGUGCAUCAACAGCAUCCCCGAGACGUUUGAAGGUGAAGGGAAGUUGAUCGACGACCCGACCUCACAGGCUCUGGAGGUUUUCUGCACCUGCUGGUUCACAUUCGAGGUGGUGAUGCGGCUGCUGCUCGCUCCCAACAAGAGGAAGUUCUUCCAACAGCCUCUGAACAUUAUUGAUCUGGUAUCCGUGGCUCCGAUCUACAUCACGCUGCCUCUGGAGCUCCUGCUGGGAGACGAGUCUGAGCUGGGAGACCUGGGGAGACUCAUUCAGGUGUUGAAGUUGAUUACGGUCUUCAGGGUUUUGAAGUUGGCUCGACACUCGACAGGACUUCGGUCUCUGGGAGCGACACUCAGGCACAGUUACCGUGAGGUGGGCAUCCUGCUGCUGUAUCUCGCUGUGGGAGUCUCCGUCUUCUCUGGCAUCGCUUACACCGCAGAAUAUGAGACGAACGUGGGUCUGGAAACCAUCCCGGCCUGCUGGUGGUGGGGCACCGUCAGUAUGACCACGGUGGGGUACGGAGACGUUGUUCCCGACACGGUGGCCGGGAAGCUGGCAGCGAGCGGAUGUAUUCUGGGCGGCACGUUGGUGGUGGCGCUGCCCAUCACCAUCAUCUUCAACAAGUUCUCUCACUUCUACCGCCGGCAGAAAGCUCUGGAGGCCUCGGUGAGGAAGAACCACCGGCGGAAAAUCAACAUGAGCUGCGAAAACAAGCCAGAAGAAGAGGAGGAAGAGGAAGAGGACGAGGAGGAGGGGGAUGAUGAUACUGAUGACAUGGAGGAGGACGAUAUAGACUAUGAGGAUGAUGGAGGUGUGAUUAACUACAGUUACGUGGAGCAUCCAUCUUACUCCAACAUACUGAAGAGGAAGGAGCUGCAUCAGCUGUGAGGAGCCGCCAUUUUAACUGUUUCUAGUGAGGGUUUUCAGCCCAUUAAAUGGACGCUAUUAACUUUCAUUUGAGUCAAGGAUUUGAGGUGAUACUCUACCUGCUAGUUUGCUCAGAAGGCCUUUAUCCUCUAUUGGUUAACUGACCCAUCUCGGGGGAGUUUAAAAAAGGAUCAUAUUGUGUUUCUGAUGGGAGCAAAGGAUGUUAAGGGACGUCGUAUAAAGAGCGUUAAAAUGGAUGGAUCAAUAAACACAUGACUUUCACCCUUGUAGGAUGUUGAAGCAAAUGUUAGUAGUGGCCAAACGGCGGUACUACAACUUCCCUGUCAUUCUGUGAUGUCAAUGGGCCCAAGAAUACUUUUUCCCAUUGGCUUACAUUGGGAAAGAGACGUCUGGAAAUCAGCGAAUCCUUUUUUCUGUGACCUACAUCAACUACCCAACACUUUUAUAGCCCUUAUUUAAAUCAUUAGGGUCUAGAAGUUGUAAAAUGUGCUUAAAGCUGAAUCCAGUUCUCUUUAAACAUCACUUCAGACUUAAGUCACGUACAUUAUUAGCGAAACAGACUUAACUUGCUCAAGUUAUUAGACCUAGACCAACUAUAGCAACGUGUAGCAUCAGCUAUGAAGAGAGCCGAUUAAAACUGUUUUCAGAAGCUCCUUUGAGUGUUAUCAGCACAUUAAAUGGCUGUUAUCAGCGGUGGUAAUAAUGACGGUUUAAGGAGAAAGUCAGGUGACUAAAUAUAAAUAGAAACGAAGGAGGUUGAGAUGGAUAGCUAACUUUCAGGUCAACUUGAACAUUUGUAAGUUAUGCAAGUACGGAAACUUACGUACUUUACUUAAAUACCUGCUUAGGUCACGUCACAAUGUACUUGUUUUAACCCAAACCCGGAUCUUUUACUAAACCUUACCAGAGUUUGUUCAGGCCCCAAAAAAUCCCAAUUUCAAUCCUGCAUGAACAAACAGUCUCUGUACAACCUGAACGCUGGCAGCAGCUUUGAACCAGAUUAAAACACCUGAAGUUUAGCCUUUAUUUAGCCCAAACACGAUUGACUAAAUCUAAGGGAAUUAUAAUUCAUAUCUUCAAACCUAACUGAGGAGGUUUUGUUUUCUCGAUGGCAGUAGGGGCAGAUGGCUCCGUCGUAGCAUUAUAAUGGUGGUAAUGACAACUAAGAUUAGGCAUUUAAUAGGCUAAUAAAAUUCAAAAUGGUGGUUUAAAUCAAAUUAAAACCAAAGUGAACUGAUGUGGAAUUGUCAUGAGGGAUCUUCUGUCGCUGCAUGACUGAGUGGAAACAACAAAUAACUCAGCGAUGUUGGAUCAGAUGCCUUAAAAAAGAAAGAAAGCGUCCAUAUUGUAAAUGACUCUUUGGCGUUAAAUGACGCGGUGGAUUACAAAUCUGGGUCUUCCAAUGACAAUCUGUCUGUUCUUCUGUGCAUGUCGGAGGUUUCGGGAUGGACAGUAUUUGUUCUGAUGCUUGAUGUGAUUUCCUCUGUGAAAAACAUUCAUGUGAAGAAUAACAUGAACGAUGUAAGGCCUGCAGGACUGUGGGAGUGAUGAAGUGAAAUAGCAUGCACACAAAUGAAA